ACUUUUUAAUUGAUCUUGCAAUUUGUGUAGCGAGCGUUCGAAAAAGAAUUAGCGCAACUUGUAGGGACAAAAGUUGGAGUAAGCUGGCGCUUUGUUGGGCACCUGGAAACAGUUUGGAUAAAUUUGUUUUAAACGCCUUGUCUCUGCGCAGUAACAGCUGUUUUAGAUGUAAUGGGCUGCGGCUGGUAGGCCAGGCCAGUACUGGAAUGGAUUAGCGAGUCUAUGGGUCGGUUAGUAGCAGUUGAACAGCAGAAUGAACAAGGAUGCCACGAAGACUGCCAAGUGGGUGCUUUUGGUGCCCUUCAUCCUGUGUGUCCGACUGUGCAAGAGCAAAGCCAGUGACAACAUCACGGACUUUGACUGGCUAAAUGAGACGCAGCUGCUGCAAGUGGAUGGCUCCGACAAUGGCACAGAUUCCACCGAACCCAUCCCGGAUUUGCAUUUGCAGUUGCACAACAUCACUGUCAAUUGCCAUCCGUGCAACAACAGCAACAGUGGCAGAAGUACGGAUUCCAACGUCCCGCUGGAGCAGCUGGUGCAUCAUCAGCAAAUUGUUCGACUUGCUUUCAUGGCCUUGCUGCUGCACAUUCUCGUUGUGGGCGUGGCAUUCAUCAUCUACAGCUGCGUGUACUGGAAGAGCCGGGCCCUAAAGAGGCGCCACAGACUGAACGCCCAGGGCACCCUGCAGCUCUCCGCCCUACAGCAUCGGCAUGUACCCAGCACUCAGAGCUGUUCCUGCCACGGAUGCCAGCUGUCCGGGCGAAUACUGCACGGCCUGAUCGUUCAGCAGUUCCAGGAGAUUGCCGAAUAUUGAGCAAAUGGACAAACACUUUGAAAACCACCUUCUGCUACAUACUAUAUACAAGUUAUAUUCUUGGUUAGGAAACAUUGUUUCUGCAUAAUUUGGAGUCAAGGUCACAAUAUAUAUUUCCCAAUGCAACAUUCGCUUGGUAGUAGUUGUACAUAAAGAUUUCGUAUAUCCUUGCAUACAUGUGAAUGGAUGAGUGAUUAUGGAUUUGAAGAAAUGGCUGCUGCCCCUUGUCCCCCUUUACUAUCGUCCCUCUGCCUCGAACGAGACACGCUUCAAAGGACAUAAUGUCAAUGCAAUGUCAAUAACUAAUUCAAUCGCACACAUGCAGACAUUCAUACUCGUACUGGCACAGAUACUGAAACAGACAUGUCGGCAGUUGCAUUGUCGUCAAAAUGCAUCAACAUCUGACGAUGGAGACAGAGGGAUACAGAGAGAGUCGGAGGGGAGCGAGCGGCCCACUCCACAAAGGUCAAAGUUCAUCAUCAUUUACAGCAGGCUACCCUACCCCUUCUUGGUUCAACAUUUCCUUCGCUUUCCACUUCUCGAGUUCGUCUCUACUUUCCGCACGUCCGCAUUAAUGAAUAAAAAUAAUCCGAUUAAUAAAUUUUCCCUCUCUCUCUCUCUCUCUCUCUCUCUUUCAUA